AUGAUAGGAUUCCCACACCUGCUUUGCCCUUUUCUCGUCCACCUAAAAAUCGAGGCGAUGAUCCUUACUGCCCCACAAAUUGCUCCGACGAUCCAAACCCUAUCCCCGAAUCUCCUGCCCAUAUUCCACACCCUCCGGUUCGGCCCGACCCCGACCCGCCCGCGCAGAGCCCUCAGAAUCGCGUGCAGCAAAGAGACCGAAACCCCGAGCGAGGAAUUGCUGGCCGCCGAGUUCGGCCUCCAGAUCAAGAGAUUGAAUUCCGAAAUCGCUCAGCGAGAAGACGCCUUCAGGAAAAGCAAAGAGCUCCUCUUCGCGGAGAUGUCUGAAUUCGUCGGACUGAAAUCGGAGGAUUUGACCAACAAGUGGCGCAGAAUGGACGACGAUGAGAAAUGGGUUUUGGUUAGAGGUUUUGUUGCCGAGUGGAGCGCCCAUUUUCAUCCCUUAUCGGCUAGGUCUGUCAAAGAAUUGGUCGAAGAAUACGUAGCUGGAAUUCAUGAAUUCUCGGAUUCUGCUUCUGGUAAUUUCUUCUCUGAUUUCACCAAAUUGUUUGGCUUUCAUAGUGAUGAUAGCCAAGGAUGAACACUUCGUUUUUUGUUUCAACAAACAUUUAUUUCCAAUUAAAUUAUGCCAGUUUUGGUUACUAUCAA